GUCUAGCUUGGCCCUUCGUUAUCGAUGGAUUUGGAAUCAAGAUUCAACUGGAAUGACGUCCGGCAUGCUUCGAGAUCCCCUGCAAGUACUUCGGGUGGCAACGAAUGCAGAAGGGUAUUCGUGUUGGGUUCUGCUCGACGAAUGAUUUGCAGGGGUUUAUAAAUUUUGACUAGUCUUGGGUUCGACUCUUCUAUAACAUCUCUACUUUAUCAAAGCAAAUCUCUUAUCGCCACGCUCCAGCCUACACACAACCCAAAGGACAAAGAGGCUACCGAUGGACCCCAUAUCUGCGUUAUCUUCGGCCCCUACAUCGACGACACAUCUCAUAUCAGAUGCUAUGCCUCAACAACCUCGUUCCAAAGAACCAACAUCACCUCCUACAAUGACCGACGACAAGCCUCUCGCGCGCUACCAAGAUAUAGAGCUUGGACGCCCCUCUAGGCGGCAGCAAGACGACUCGGACGACGCGUCAAGAGACGCAGAGCGCAGGAGAGUAGACAGGGUUGAGAAGAAUGUGGAUAUACCUGAUACGGACGCGCAUGUGGUCGUGCUGCCGUGGAAGAGACGUGAUGGGUGGGCGGGGUGGAUGGGGGAUACGGUGACGGCGGACUCGUUGGUUUGGAGUUUGAUCUUCCAGGCUUUCUCUACUGGGCUACUUGAUGCCACUACGACGCUGGAUUUCAACACGUUUGCGUCGAAUCAGACAGGAAACACUAUCCUGUUGACAGUCGCAAUCGUCAGAUUAUCCCGCCAUCAGCUGUUGUUGACUGGUGUAUCUCUGGCGAGUUUCUUGGGCGGCGCUCUCGUGUUCGGCCACCUUGGUCAUCUGUUUGGCCUUCGCCGGAGAGCAUGGCUCCUCGCCAACGUCUUGUUCCAAAUCGUCUGCCUCAUCCUCGCCGGCAUCUUUCUCUCCCCUUCCGGUCCUCCCCUCGCCCGCCUCGGCUCCAAACACGAAUGGUGCAUCAUCAUGCUCUUUGCAGCCAUGUCUGGCGCCCAAGUCGCCGCUGCCCGCCAAGCCUCCGUCGCAGAAAUCCCGACGGCGCCGAUGACUUCGUCCUAUGUCGAUCUCGUGAGCGACAAGUAUCUCUUCUAUGGCUUUACGCAUGAAAAGGCCGGGGCGAGGAAUAGGAGGUUGGGGUAUGUGUUUGCGAUGAUUGCGGGGAGUUUUAUUGGGGCGGUGAUGCACAAGUACACGGCGAGCUGGAUCGUGGUGGUGAUAGCGUUGGGGUUCAAGUUGGUGGUGAUGGGGAUGAUGGCCAUGGCGCCGAUGGAUCCGAGGAAGGAAAAGAGGUAGCUUGGGCCAUUGCAGCUGUAAUCAUUGUACUUGUAUUCGGUAUGUACAUCUUGU